AUGGAGGAACUGGCCCGGGAGAGCAUCAGCCUGCUGGCCCGGUCUGCGUCUCAUGCGGACCCGCCGAGGCUCGGCUCGUUCGGCGCGGUGUUCAUUAUGCUGAAAUCUGCGCUCGGGGCCGGACUGCUCAACUUCCCCUGGGCCUUCCAGAAGGCGGGGGGAGUGAACACCGCCAUCAGUGUGGAGCUGGUUUCGCUGGUUUUCCUCAUCAGUGGUUUGAUCAUCCUUGGCUAUGCCUCAUCAGUCAGCAGAAAGAUGACCUAUCAGGACGUGGUGAGCGAGGUGUGCGGACGAGCUGUGGGUCAACUCUGUGAAGUCUGUUUCUGCUUCAACCUCUUCAUGAUAUGUGUCGCCUUCCUGGUGGUGGUGCAGGACCAGCUGGAGAAAUUGUGUAUUUCGUUAUAUGAUAGGGUGACUGGGUCCACUGAGGGAGAGAUGCCUUAUCACUGGUACACUGACCAGCGUUUUGCCCUCUUCAUCAUGUGCCUCAUCAUCAUCCUACCCCUGUCCAUCCCAAAAGAAAUCGGCAUUCAGAAAUACACAAGUGUGUUGGGGACACUGGCCGCUACAUAUCUGUGUGUGGCAGUUAUCGUCAAAUAUUACCUGAUGGAGAGCCACGCUGUUAUCAUAUCUCCAGAGCACAGCCAAGGCAUCAGUUCUUGGGCUUCAAUGUUCAGUGUCGUACCGACCAUCUGCUUUGGAUUCCAGUGCCAUGAAGCCUGUAUAGCGAUCUACAGCAGCAUGGCGAACCAGAAGCUCUCCCACUGGGUGGUCAUCUCUGUGCUCUCCAUGUUUUUCUGUUUACUUGUCUACACUCUGACUGGUGUGUAUGGAUUCCUGACGUUUGGACGAGCAGUUGCCUCAGAUAUUUUGAUGUCAUAUCCAGGAAAUGAUGUAGUCAUGAUCAUUUCCAGACUACUUUUCCUAAUAUCAAUUAUCACCAUCUAUCCUAUUAUUCUUCUUCUGGGGAGAUCUGUCAUCCUGAACCUGAUGCUGCGUAUUCAAAGACGUCGCUGUGGAAUCGUCACUCAUUCGUUUGAGAGUCGCUGCAGAGUCGUUCUCACUGUGAUCUGGAUAUCCAUCACUCUUCUUAUCGCCAUGUUUGUCCCUGACAUGGGUGAGGUCAUUAGUGUCAUUGGAGGAAUCAGUGCCUUCUUCAUCUUUAUUUUUCCUGGUCUUUGCUUAGUGUUCAUAAUGCAAACUGAAUCUGUGACACAAAGAGUCAGGGUGAUUUUAACAGUUUGGGGAGUCAUAACUAUUGUAGUUGGAGCCUUCAUCUUCGGACAGAGCACGACAAUCGCUGUCAUGGAGAUUUCCCAAAAAUUCUGA